GUUCUAAACUACUCAAAAGUCGUUGGAAUGUGCCAAGAAUCAGUCCCAGCGUCGCCCAAAAGUGCAACAAGUCGUAUAGAAGUACUAAAACCUACACCUCAACACCGAUUUGGGACACCUCGCCAACCUAGCAAUGACUCCAAAAUGUGAUCUAUAGCAUCUUUGCGACCAUCAGCAGGAUCUCAGGUAUCAUAAAAAGCAAUAAGGAACCAUAAAGGCAGAUUGUACUUGACAAAUUGCCAUCGUACGCUAUGGAGUCAUGGAUCACAUCACCAAUAGGUCCAGUACGUAGCAUCAUCAAAGGCCACAGAUGACGGUAAUCAGCUGCCAUGUGCCAUGUGCAACCCCAAGAAAUAGAAUGAUCAAUCUGAACCAGAACGAGCCACAGCUAAUGAACGGAAGAGCAAUGAUAUCAGCAACACGCUUAACCACAAGGCAGACGACUACCCGCUUUUUGACCUUUUUAAAUUUAACCAAAAUUGUGAAACAAUCAUCUCGAUACGCGCAACAAAAACAUUUGCGGUUAUGCUGAUUAUCUCACAAGAUAAGAAAAAGAAAUAGAGCAACAGACAGAGUUGCUUCAACUAUAAAAAGGCAGCUCCGAAGCACAGCUCGUGAUAGAUUCUCCACCAACAAGACGUCUUCGCAUCGUUCCGCAUCUAAUAAGAAAACAACAAUCUAAUAAGAAAACGCAGCACAAACGUAAACAACGCAGCACAACAUGAGCAAGCACGCAGCAACCAACACGCGUUCGCGACCCGUGUUUAUCGAUGAGGAUCAGGUGAAGCAGCUGUUGGACUGGAAUGAGGCCCGGUACGCCAUCGAGCAGUCGUUUGUGUCGGUGUCGAAUCAGGCCCGUGAUCCGGUGGCACGCUUUGCUGAUCAACCCGUAAGCUCCCAGCCGGCUCGAACUUUCGUCCAGGCGGAAGGUGGAGUGCUUCUUUGCAUGCCCGGUUUUGUUGGCCAGCAUCGGCUUGCUUCCGGAUCUUCCGAGCGCUUUUCAACGUUGGCAUGUAAGCUGAUUACGGGCUUCCGCAAGAACGCCUCCAUCGGGCUGCCCUCGAUCAAUGGGGAGGUGUUUGUGUUUAACAGCACCACCGGCAAGCUGGACGCGAUCGUCGAGGCGAACCAUCUGACCGGCAUCCGGACGGCUACCGCCUCCCUCGUCGCUACCGAUCAUCUGUUCCUGCGGCCGGCUCGUGCACGCACCGCGGACGGUACGGUCAGCAUCCAGCUGGGCAUCGUUGGCUGCGGCUUUCAGGGGAUGAUGCAUGCGGUCGGGUUCGUGCGUACGCAGGCAGCACUGGCACGUGUGCGCGUGAUACGCCUGUGGAACCGUACGCCCGGCCGUGCGACACAGCUGAAGGAGAUUCUGACCGAGGAGGCCAAGAAGACGGGCAGCAACUAUUCGGUGUUUGUGUGCGACACGGUGGAGGACUGCUGCCGGGACUGCGACGUGAUCGUCACGGCAACGGGCUCUAGUGAACCGCUCGUGUACCGUAGCUUCCUCAAGCCGAACGUUCAUAUCAAUGCGGUUGGUGCUGGGGAGUUUCAUCAUGCCGAGCUGGCACAGGACGUGUACGACGAGUGUCAGGUGUACAUCGACCAUCAGGAAGGGGCACGGAAGGAGUUGGCCACACUGCGCUCCAACAUUGUCGGCGAGGUUGGGGAGGUGAUACUGAGGGAAAACCGCCCGCAGGAGGAGAGUCUGCUACCGAAGCCGGGUGGCAUCAGUGUGUUCCAGUCGCUUGGAAUGGCCACGGAAGAUGUAACCGUUGGCAGGUUAGUUUACGAGAAGUAUCUGAAAGCUCAUUCGGAUCAAGUGUGAGGAUCGAAAGGAGGUUGAAAGUCACAUUCCAUUUAAGUGUUUCCCACUUCGUUUGGAUUUAUUUAAGCAAUAUGAAGAUAAUACUGUAGCGCAAUAGUUCAAUUCUUGUUCCCAAGUUCGGCACCAAAAUAGUUACCUUUUUAUCGUAAAAAACACACACACACACGUUGUACUAUAUUUGUUCGGUUGGCAUGGUUUAAAAAUUGUGGAUUCGUGGCUUCGUGAUUAGGCACUAUUCGAUUUAACUCUAUUGUAUUUAAAAAUGCAUUUAAAGAUUCUUGGAGUGAUUAUACUUUACGCACCUUCUCCCUACACAUUCAAAGUUCUGCAGGUCACUUAACUAUCCUUUUGUUGUUGUAAUACUUAUCAGCUAUCGAGAUAAAUGGAGUGCAUGCACGUAUAUCUUGUAUCAAAAAUAUAUGUUUAUGGUAAAUACGUA